AUGAGAGCCACAUUAGUAAACUUAUUUCAUGAAUCUCCUGUAUCACUAUUGACCAGACCUUGGAAGAAGACUCGUGAUGGUACUUUAUUCUAUGGUUUAUCCAAGUCAGGUAAUAUACGUACCACUUUGACUACAAAACAAGGUAAUAAAAAUCUUUACAAGGGUACCAGAUCAUCAGGUAUUGGUAGAUUCACUAACCAUGGUAGAUACAUUAUUCAAUGGGAAAAAGUGCGUACAUUCGUAACUCCUAAAAAUUAUAAUACUGAUUUAAAACCAUUAGUCAGUAAAGAUGUGCCUGAAUUAAAACAUGCAUUUAAAGGUUACGAAAAUGGUGUUUAUGAUACCAAAUUAUAUUUUGCAAAAUUAAAAGAUUAUAUCAAGAAUGGACAAGUUCAAAGUAAAGCAUCUGAUAUCUCAUGUUACGUGGAAAGGGGUUGA